UCUUGUUUCACUCACCGUAGCAGCAAAGCAACAAUUGUCGCGUAGUCCGCAGCUUCACAAACCAUGCAGCGGCGAGAGAGUCAAAGCUCCUACGCUAAUCUCAACCCGGACUCGCAAAGCCUUACAAGGGGAGCGUGUACUGAGAACAAUAAAUAUGUUGAACGCCUCUUCUGAUAACCGGGAAAUGGAGAAGUCAUCAGGAUAUGACUACGAAGUAUUUUUGAGCUUCAGAGGACUGGAUACUAGUAGGGACAUUACUGAUUACCUUUACACCAGCAUGAUUGGCGCUGGAAUCAGGGCAUAUAAGGACGAUGAAGAGCUUCGGACCGGGGAAGAGAUCGGCAGCCAGCUUCUCCAAGCAAUUGAGCAGUCAAAGAUAUCAAUACCAAUCUUUUCUAAAGGAUAUGCGGACAGUACAUGGUGCCUUAGGGAGUUGGUCAAGAUGGUGGAGAGCAAGAACACAAGGAGACAAAAGAUCAUGCCCAUUUUCUACGAUGUUGCACCAUCCGAGGUAAAAUGCCAAACUGAGCACUAUGGCAACGCCAUUGUUUCUCAUGCAAACAAGAAGCGAUUUGGUGAUGAGUCUAUCAAUAAGUGGAAGGCUGCUCUCACUGAGGUUGGAGCACUAAAGGGAUGGGACCUCCAAAGCAUGCCAAACAGGUAUUUAGUUAUAUCAUGUAUGGUCUAGUUGUUCCAAAAUCAUUAUGUUGUUCAGUUGAACCUAAUGUCUUGAGGCUUUUUCCUCCAAUACUAUCAGAGGCAAAGGUGAAUUUGUUAAAGAAGUUGUUGACAACGUUUUGACUGAGUUGAAAAUCGCCUACUUGGAAGUAUCUGAUUGCCUAGUCGAAGUAGACAAUCAUGUGGAUGAAAUCAU